AAAGUGGUUUUGUGUUCCUGGUUUUGGUUUUUGUGUAAAGUGGUAUAUUAAAAAAUUUGCUGAGGUGGUUGGUUUGGUUGGAAAACCGGUUUUAAGGAUUGAUUCAUUGCAUUCUGAAAUCUUGCAGUGUAGCAUUGCACCUAUUCUGUGUUUUUUUUUUCUGUCCCAUUUCCAAUGUAUAAAACACAACUUUGUUUUGUUUUGUUACAAGACAAUAUUUCCAAUUAACAUACAAAUCCAAAUACAGAAGCUAGUUUAAAGUUUCUUCCUUUUUUACAUUUUUUCUCCUUAGCGGGAUUUUUCAUAUCAAAUGCUCUUGACCCAUUUCACCUUUAUAUAUCUCUUUGUGUUCUGUAUAGUUCAUCAGUUUUUUCUUUGUGAUUUUGAGCUUGUUUUUGCUGAAUUCUCUUGCUUGUUGUACUCAUCAUGCCUGGUCGUGUCAAUAACAAUGGUGAUGAACUGUAUCCUGGGGGUUCUAGGGGUGGGAGUAGGUUGCAUAAUAACAGUUCCAAUGCUGAUGUGUACUGCCCUCCUAAGAAGCGAGCUCGAAUCAGUAGCCCGUUUAUCAUUGGAGAUCUUGAGCAUGAGGAAGAUUAUAAGUCUAGUAUUGAAAUCCUUCCAGAUGAAUGUCUCUUUGAGAUAUUCAGAAGGGUCGAGUGUGGCAAAGAGAGAAGCUUGUGUGCUAGUGUAUCGAAAAGGUGGCUUAUGCUUGUGAGCAGUAUAUGCAAAGAUGAAAUUGAAUCUGUUGUAGAAACAAACUCUUCUGGUGUGAGUGGUGAAGAUUUUGAAGGUGACGGCUUCCUUACUAGACGUUUGGAAGGGAAGAAAGCUACCGAUGUAAGGCUUGCUGCUAUUGCUGUUGGGACUGGUUGCCGCGGUGGACUUGGAAAUCUGUCUAUCAGAGGAAGUAACUCGGAACGAGGUGUUACAGAUCACGGUAUCUCAGCCAUUGCUCGUGGUUGCCCUUCUCUCAGAUCACUUUCUUUGUGGAAUGUGCCUUCCGUUGGUGAUAAGGGUCUGUGUGAGAUUGCAAAAGGAUGUCAUAUGUUGGAGAAGCUCGACUUGUGCCAUUCUCAGAUCACUAACAAGGCUUUGAAUGCAAUAGCUGAAGGUUGCCCUGACUUGACGACCUUAAACAUUGAAUCAUGCUCUAUGAUUGGAAAUGAGGGUUUGCAAGCUAUUGCAAAGUCAUGCCCUAAGCUGCAGUCGAUCUCUAUCAGGGAUUGUCCUCUUGUUGGGGAUCAUGGUGUGGCUAGUUUGUUAUCAUUGGCUUCCAACUUGACAAGGGUAAAGCUUCAGCAUUUGAAUAUUACUGAUUUUUCUCUGGCUGUUAUUGGCCAUUAUGGAAAGGCGAUAACAAAUCUGGUUCUCAGCCGUCUUCCGAAUGUAAAUGAAAGGGGGUUUUGGGUCAUGGGGGUUGCACAAGGUCUGCAGAAUCUGGUGUCGCUUACUAUUACUUCCUGCCUAGGGGUAACCGAUGCGAGCAUGGAAGCCAUAGGCAAAGGUUGCCCCAACCUGAAGCAGAUGUACCUUCGCAGGUGUUGCUUUGUAUCCGACAGUGGAUUGGUAGCAUUUGCCAAAGCCGCAGGAUCUCUGGAGAACUUACAGUUGGAGGAGUGUAACAGGGUCACCCAAUAUGGGAUUAUCGGUGCCCUUUCAAACUUCAAAACGAAGUUGAAAUCACUUACACUUGUGAAGUGUGUGGGAGUUACAGAUAUUGAUGUGGAAGUAUCUAUGUUUUCUCCUUGUGAAUCUCUUCAAUCUAUAACCAUUCAAAAUUGCCCUGGUUUAGGCAGUGCUAGCUUGGCCAUGAUCGGGAAAUUGUGUCCACAACUUCAGCAUGUUGAUCUGACCGGACUUAACCACAUAACAGACGCAGGACUUCUCCCUCUUUUGGAGAAUUGUGAGGCUGGACUUGUCAAUGUGAACCUUAAAGGUUGCUCAAACUUGACAGAUAACAUAGUUUCUGCCUUGGCCAGACUACACGGCGGAACUCUCAAAGUACUAAAUCUUGAUGGAUGCUGUUAUGUUACGGAUGCGAGCUUGGUUGCAAUUGCGGAUGACUGCCUACUUCUGGAUGAUCUUGAUGUGUCAAAGUCUGCAAUCACCGAUGCUGGUAUAGCCGUUCUCUCUGAUGCCAAACAGCUUAAUUUACGAGUGCUUUCAUUGUCCGGAUGUCCUUAUGUUUCGAACAAGUCUGUGCCUUUCCUGAUGAAAUUAGGCCAGACGUUGUUGGGAUUGAAUAUUAAAAACUCCAAUGCAAUUGGCUACAACGCAAUUCGGUUUCUUGUGGGGAAAUUAUGGAGAUGCGAUAUCCUGGUCUAAUCCUGAUAGAACUGCUAAAGAAGGAAAGGAUAUAGAUUACUUUUAUUGAGUUAUAAUAAUGAAGCAACAGGUGGUAACAUUCAGACAUACUUUUUUUUUUGGUGGAUAUGACUAUCAAGGGUGGAUUGCAGUGCGGUUUGUGGAGUCGGUUGUUUUCUAGGGAACUUUGGUUUGUUCCUUCACUAGCCCUUUUUUGCAAGCAUUUUUAAAUACAGGAAUGCUUGUUUAUUACAACCCCUUUUGGCUAUAGUCCCCGAGAACACAGUUACUGAGUCUUGGUUGAUGGUAUCUACUCUAGAUAGUACAUAGCUUAGGUUUUACCUUGUAUUGCUGGAAUGUUCUAGUCUGUAUGUUUUAGGUUUAUUUCAUGUCUUUUGUCAUGUUAGUAUCUUUGUAACAAUCAAGCGUGUUAAAACGCCUAAGUUCUGAAUAAAGGUUUAGCUUCUUUUUAUUUUU